CGCAUACUCGCGCACACUCGCGCUCGGGCGCACUAGGAACAGGCAUCGGCACCCAGAGCGAGCCAGAGAGCGGCGAGCUGGGGAUUCACCCGGCUGAGCCAGCCGAGGAGCCGGCGAGCCGGGCCCGCGACGACCCCACGCCCCCGAGCCCCGCAGCCGACCCCAGCCGGCCGGUAUCCCAGCCGCCCUCCCUGACCCAUGGCGCUGAAGCGGAUUCAGAAAGAAUUGAGUGAUCUACAGCGCGACCCACCUGCUCACUGUUCGGCUGGACCUGUGGGAGAUGACUUGUUCCACUGGCAAGCAACUAUUAUGGGGCCUCCUGAUAGUGCAUAUCAAGGUGGAGUCUUCUUUCUCACUGUACAUUUUCCGACAGACUAUCCUUUUAAACCACCAAAGAUUGCUUUCACAACAAAAAUUUACCAUCCAAACAUAAACAGUAAUGGAAGUAUUUGUCUUGAUAUCCUGAGGUCACAAUGGUCACCAGCUCUGACUGUAUCAAAAGAAAAGAGCCUGAGUUAUUGUUUUGAAUUAGAACCAUCUACCCCUGAAAGCAACUUGUUUUAUUGUCCAUAUGUUCUCUGCUUUGUGACCCUAAUCCAGAUGACCCCUUAGUACCAGAUAUUGCACAAAUCUAUAAAUCAGACAAAGAAAAAUACAACAGACACGCAAGAGAAUGGACUCAGAAAUAUGCAAUGUAAAAUCAAAAAAAUUUUCAUAUAUACCAGAGUACUGUAAAAUCUAGGUUUUUUUCAACAUUAGCAGUAAAUCGAGCACCGUUUACUGUUUCAUUGUACCAUGAAAUCCUUUGAUUUUUACCCAUUUUAAAUGUAUUUCUGAAGCAAGACAAAACAAACUUCCAAAAAUAUUCUUGAGACUGUGAUGAGAGCAUUUAUCAUUUUGUAUGCAUUGAGAAAGACAUUUAUUAUGGUUUUUAAGAUACUUGGACAUCUGCAUCUUCAGCUUACAAGAUCUACAAUGCAUCUGAAAAGCAACCAAAUUAUUUUUUGCUGAAACUAGAUGUUUUUACAUGAAAAAUACUGUAUGUGUUGUCUAAGAUGUCAUCAGUUAUAUAAAUCUGUAUUCAGAUUUCAUUCUUUGUUAGCUCACUUUAUAAUUUGUAUUUUUUUACUGUAUAGACUAAAUAUAUUCUAUUUACAUGUAUGUCAACUCGUUACUUUUUUCCUGUGAACAGUAUUGAAAAAACCCAACAGCUGAUAAUGAAAUGAAUUAACUGUCCGUCUCCCUUGUCUUAGGGUAUUCUGUAGAUUGAUUGCAGAUUCCUUAAACCUGAAAUGAUCUUUACACUGUAAUUCUCAGUAUACUGAUUAUGGAGAAACACUUGUUUUGAUCUUGUUAUACUUGACUUAACUUUAUUACAAUGUGAAUUAAUUGCACUGCUAAGUAGGAAGACGUGUAACUUUUAUUUGUUGCUAUUCACAUCAGAAUUUUUUUCUGUAUAGGCAAUAUUAUAUUGACACCUUUUACAGAUCUUAAUGUAGCUUUUUCCAUUUAAAUAAAAUGCUUUUUCUACUAUUUGUCUUGAUUACUUAAAAAGAUAAAAAAUUACUUUAUAAGUAAGGAUCAAUACUCUAUAUAAAAUUUUGCAUGGAAAUUAAUUCCAAAUUGUAAGAAUGAAGUCUGUUGUAUUUGGCACUAAUCACCAUUAAUUAUAUAAAUUUUAUUGCUUUAGGUUUGUAUUGAUAUCUGUUUACUAAAUUGUCAAUCUAGAGGAUGAUAUACACUGGUCCCUUGUUAUUGAAAAGAAUUUAGGGUAUGUUGGCAUUUGUCUUGGAUCACAUCUAAAAUGAAUUAUUUUCUAAGGUACUGAGAUGAAUGUAAGACAGUGUCACCUACAUUGAAGAAAAGUCUUUAUAGACCUGAAGAAUAAUUAGGUAAUUCAUUAAAAUGCCCCUCUAGAUAUAACUGAUGUUGUAUUUCUUAACAUUUUAAAAUCUAGAAUUUCUAAAAUAGAAUUUUAAUGCCAUCACAGUUUGAAAGAGGACAUCCAUUUUUUACCGUAGAAGUUAUACAGAAAAUUCUAAAAUGACACUUUCCCUCUGUUUUAUAAAUUGUCAGUUAAAAUGAUUUAAAUGAGCAGGUUAUCUUUGCAGAUUUUAUAGAAAGUUCUAAUGUUUUAACUUGGAAAAAAAAUGUCUCUAAUUAUUAGCAUGCUUACCAAACUUGAGUGUCAUUUUUAAGAAGAGUUGUAGCUCUUCUGAUUAUUUCAGUAGCUGUAUAAGUGUACAAAAAUCUGUGAUGGGUGUAGUCAUUAGCAAAGAAUGUAAAUCACUUAAGUAUUUUACCAUGGUUCAUUAUUAUAAAGCACAAAAUAACCCAUUGUUAAAAAAUGUGUUUUUAUAAAUGAAUGUAAAAUAAUUAAAUGAAUUGUGAAAUGGAUGUUUAAGAAAAUAUAGGUUUAAAAAGUAACUAUAUUAAGUGAUGUCUUGAAACAGCCAUAUCAUGAAGAAUACUACUAUGUUAUUAUAAGCUACAUUGGCCCAGAAUUUGAACACUCAACAUCAUUAGGUUUAAGUAUUUAGUAUAUUUUGAUAAUAAAGGGUUUUGUUUCUUGAAUAUCUUUCACUUUUUAAAAAACUUUUGUGUGGCAUUUAUUUUUGGAAAUGUCUUUUUUUUUUCUGUAUUAAAGUUUUGAAACUUGC